AUGAUUUUAUACUUACGACAGCCAGAUACAUCACAACCUGACUGUAUAGAGUUUCAAUUUAAUUCAGAUAUUUUCGAAAAUACAAAUGCGGUUAUUUCACCUUACAUACAUUCUGCUUUAUUGGAAGAAAUGAAUGAAACAGGUUUGCAUACUUCAAUAUGGCUUAUUAUUAAACAACGUUCAAAAAUUAGACGAUCAUUUAUUGAACAUGUUUUCCCAGUAUGGCGUGGCAAAGGCUUAUUGGAGAUGCCUUCAGAUAAACCUAACCACUAUGUUAUCAAAGCAUCUUUUAUUUCUUAUCGUUUAGAACAGGAGUUUUUCAAGACAAACUCACAAGAUAAUAAAAUAGAUGAAACAACAAUGGACGAAAAAGUUGAACUCAAUGAUGAAGAGUGUAGUUUAUUUAUGAUUCAAAUUCUAACACAUCAACCGUCUACUAGAAUUUGGAUCCAGAUAUUUCGUGAAGAAUUAUCACAUAUUGAAGCUAGUGUAUGUUUAAAUACACAAAUCCCGACUGCCAGUACAUGUGCGAGUUUAUGCUUAAAAUGUGGAAUUAAUCCACAGUCUUACAUAAAUACAGAGCAUGAACAACAAAUUGAUUGGAAUUACAUAAUAAAAGAGGUAGCUAUUGGCAGAAAUAUUCAGGUAAAUAGUGUGUACAACGAAACCACAUCUAUUGUUCAACCUGAAAUUUUCAAAACACAGUGCAAGGAAAACAAUUCUAAUGACGAUGGAAAGUUGGGUUGUACGAAGCUGACUUCAUUGCUGACGAAGCUGAAAAAGCCCUUCACUAUAACAGUGAUUUGUGGACCUCCUGGUAGUCGAAAAGAACUGGUUGUGGCAAAUAUUUUGAACUUCGUUAAAGAAUCUAUUGAAUGGAUUGAAAUAAAACCAGAUAAUUCCGAUGAAAUAACGACAUCUUUAUAUAAUGCUUUACUAAAAUACUGUGAAAUACAACAUGACAUAAAUAAUGAUUGUGAAAUGAAAUCAAGAUGUCAUGGUAUUUUAUUAUGUCCGGGUGUAAUUGGAUCAAAAGAGAUUUUGGCAUCCAUUGCUGAACUACAUCAAAAACUUGGACUGAAUGAAAAUGUCAUGUUGAUUAAAAUUGGUUGUGUCGCAACAUGCGUUGAUUUGCGAAUGGCCGUUAUGGAUGAUGGAAGAAUGACAUUUCCAGGUGUGUUAGAAUUAAUUGCUGAAGGAUGGACAAAUUAUUUACUACUAACAGGACCACCGAAAUCUAACCAGGUAAAUGCUACAAAAAUGGGUGUACCAUUUACUGAAAUUACAGAGCUCUUACAUUCAGCCAAUCCACAUUUGAGUCAUGUAUCGGCUCCAGAGGGAAAAAUUGAAAAUAGUCGUGCAUUAGAAGCUUUAAUGGAUGAAAAUGAAUUUUUCAAUCCAAUAUUACAGCGUGCACGUUUAUUAUCUUAUCCAAGUCUCUGUACUCUCACUCCACCUUCUCCCAGAUUACGUAGCAUAACACUUCAUUUUCAUGUACAACUUGAUCGAAAGCUAUUUAUGAAUGCCUUAAAUGGUUUAUUUAAGGAUUUAAAACCUUGGCCUUUUCAUGGAAAUAUCUACACAUUGUGUGGUCAGAUCGCUUUUUUGAAUGAUUCAUCGAAGCUCUAUGAAUUGGAUUACGUAACACUGUCUGGUAUAAAUCGUUUAAAUCAAGUCAAUACAAAGUCAAGCCAAAAUAACAAACCUUACUGGUUAACUUGUACUAUAGCAGAUGCUUCGAAAAAUAUGAAAAAUUCAGAUGAACUAAAUGAUUUAUUUGCUAAUUGGAUUAAAGAAACAAUAGCUAAACAUGAAGAACCUAGAGAACUUAUAAAAAAAUCAGAUUUAACUGAAGAGGAUUUCAAUAAAAUCCACGAGAGGUAUCAUCGAUACCCUCUUCCACAAGGUUGGUAUUAUACUGGAACAUAUUAUGUCAGCAUAAAUGGAGAUAAAUUAUUUCAACAUCCAAGUUUUCACCAAUUUAUUGAAGAAUAUAUUGAAGGAGAAAAUACCAAGAUUGAAGCAAGGAAUGCUCGACUACGUAGCCAUCCCAUUCCCGACUUAUUCAGUUAACUGUUUGGUCUGUCGGUAACUCGCUUUCCAAAACAAUAUCACUUCAGAGUGGAACUAGAUCUUUUAAAAUAGGUUCUGGCUCUAGUCUGUGUUGUAAAUGACAGGAUUUAUGUACCCUUAU